GACACUCCCAUUUUUGAGGUUACUCAUAACUGACAUAAGCUUAUUUACAAAUUUUGUGUGUAAUUAGUAACAGUGAUAUUAAUUAUAAUUGGCUUUUAUUAACGUGUCUAAUAUUAUUGAAUGUUUUUCAUUUGUUUGUAAUUUUAAAGCACCGUUCAUACAACAUAAUGGUACACAAUUGAUUGUAAAAAGGUUACCCACACGACAAUUUAUAAAAAACAAUCACAGAGUAACUAUAAAAAUGGCGUUAGAAAAUAGUGCCUUAAUAGCUUUGUUAAUUUUGUGCCUUAUAUCUUUUGGGGAGGCAAUGAGAUGCUACCAGUGCAGUUCCAAUCAAGAUCCAAAGGGUGAAGAUAACUGUGGAGCAUAUAAAAAGUUUGACAAAAGUAACCACAUUGCAGUUGAUUGCAAUACUGAAGAAAGUCAUAUGCCAGGUUCAUUUUGUAUGAAAGUUGUACAACAAAGCCCAAAAGGAUUUAUUUGGGAUGGAAGGUGGAGACAAGUGAUUAGGAGGUGUGCUUCUGUAGCUGAUACUGCUGUAACUGGUGUUUGCAAUUGGGGAGUGUAUGAGAAUGCAGUUUUUUGGGAAGAGUGUUAUUGUUCAGAAGAUGAAUGCAACUCUGCAAAUUUGAUAUUUUCAAAUAAAUUGUUGGGAAUUGUUUCUGUACUAGUGAUUUGCUUUCAGCUUCUAUUAUGACCAUUUUAUAUUGAAUUUUUGUAAGUUUUUUUAUGAAUCUCAGACAACUUACUGUUAAAAUCAAUAGAAAUAUUGUAGUGACCUUUAUACAGUACAGUACAUAAUGGUUUCAUUUGAUUUUAAUUGUCCAUGUAUUUAGUACAUGUUAUGUACAUUGUUAGUUUUUAAUAAUCCGUCCAUUAUAAUAAUUUAAUGUACCUAUAUAAAAUAUAUUUGAUAUUUUUAUAAUUAAAAAUUUUAAUGUAUUAUAUGAGUGUUUUUAUUAAUAAAUUUAUACCAUAAACUGA